ACACGCACUCAUUUCUAAUCCGCCUCCCCCUGAAGGCUCCACUCCGCCGUCUCCCUGUGGCGAACAGCGACUCGCUGCUGCCAGCGUCGCCGUGCACGAUCCCAGAGGACUAAGAGAACUAGUCGGGAAACUAGCCCGCUCACCGCUUUUGCUGCUUAGAUAACCACGAUAACCGCCACGUGAUUGAUGACUAAGGAUAUUUACACGUGAUCUUCAGUGCUAUCUUAGUAUCUAUCGGUGUAUCACCUGACAUCACCUGACUCAAUGAUAACUAAUCAUAUCACCUGACAUCGUCAUCACCGGCUACAGGCUACAGGCUACACCUGACCGCCGGACUUGACCUCUCACCAAGCAAGUUGCAAACGCCUGGGACGGGCUCGACCGGCGUGAAAGACUGGGGAAUCGGUGCGUUUGCCUGUGCGAUGAAGGCGUCCCGACACGAUGGGACAAGGCUACUCGCUCACGACCCUGUCCGCAGGGUCCGCGGGGAUCGACGUGCCCGAGUUAUCGGAUCUGGUGUAUGAGAAGUCGAUGGGCGGCGGGCGUUUCAUGAAGAGUAUCCGUGCCCGGCAGCAGAAUGGGCUGGUGUUCGUCAAGGUGAUCAUGAAGCCGUAUCCGAGCAUGGAGUUGGAGCCGUACGUCAGGGCGAUCGUUCGGGAACGCAAGUUACUGGCAGACGUGCCGAAUGCGCUGGGAUAUGCUCGGAUCUUGGAGACCAGCACCAGUGGGUAUCUGGUUCGGCAAUAUAUGCAUAGCUCGCUUUACGAUCGGAUGAGCACGCGGCCGUUUCUGGAAGAUAUCGAGAAGAAAUGGAUUGCGUUCCAGCUGCUGUGUGCGGUUCGGGACUGCCACGCUGUAGAUGUCUUCCAUGGCGAUAUCAAGACGGAAAAUGUCCUAGUCACCUCGUGGAACUGGUUGUAUCUGUCGGAUUUCUCAUCCUCCUUCAAGCCGACCUUCCUACCGGAGGAUAACCCGGCCGACUUUUCGUUCUACUUUGAUACGUCCGGGAGACGGACAUGUUAUCUCGCCCCGGAGCGGUUCCUCGAGGCAGGGGAGGAGGCAGGGAGCCGAAACGUCAACUGGGCGAUGGACAUCUUCAGUGUCGGAUGUGUCAUCGCCGAGCUCUUCCUCGAGUCUCCGAUUUUCACGCUCAGCCAAAUGUACAAGUAUCGCAAGGGCGAAUACAGUCCGGAGCAUAACCAAUUGGCCAAAGUUGAGGACCCGGAGAUCCGAGAGCUCAUCCUUCACAUGAUCCAGCUGGACCCGGAGUCGAGGUAUUCGGCGGAAGAAUAUCUCAAUUUCUGGAAGAACAAAGCCUUCCCAGAAUACUUCUACAGCUUUCUUCACCAGUACAUGUCGCUGAUGACGGAUCCCACGUCAGGCAGGGGACGAGUCGACUUGGAAUCUGCCGCUCGAGGCGAAGCAGAUGACCGGAUCGAGCGCAUCUAUCUCGACUUCGACAAGGUUGCCUAUUUUCUGGGCGCCACUGUUCAGCCCCCGCAGGACGGCUCCAAUCUCUCUACGUCCCGACUCACCGGCUCCUCCACUCCCGUUCAACUCGAUUUGCCCAGUUACGGCCAUCAAACCUCACGGGCACUUAGCCAGGCGGACGAUGGCGCUCUAGUCUUCUUGACCCUUGUUGUAUCGAGUCUGCGGAAUACGAGCAAGGCGUCGGCCCGAAUCAAAGCCUGCGACAUUUUGCUUGCGUUUGCAGAACGGCUUUCGGAUGAGGCCAAAUUGGACCGAAUCCUCCCCUACAUCAUGCUGUUGUUGAACGACCGCUCAGACGCCGUUCGCAUCGCGGCUAUCCGAACGCUAGCCCAGCUGCUAGAACUGGUCCAGGUGGUUUCUCCUGUAAAUGCCUAUCUUUUCCCCGAAUAUAUCUUUUCUCGUCUCCAACCUUUCAUCUCAAGCUCAAACGCUAGCCCAAGUCCUAUGGUCCGAGCCGCAUAUGCAUCCAGUGUUGCGUCUCUGGCCCAAUCCUCUCUCCGGUUCCUGGACAUGAUACAGGCUCUGCGCUCGGACACGCGUCUGACUUCGUUGAUUCCCGUAGGUACCGAACCGGGAUGGACCGAAGACGCUACUUACCACAAUCUGUAUGACGUGGCCCGGUCUGAUCUACUGGAGUACUUUGAAAUCCAUACCAAAGCUCUGUUAACCGACAGCGAUGCCUCGGUGCGUCGUGCCUUUCUCGGAUCGGUUUCGCGCCUCUGUGUGUUUUUCGGCAACUCCAAGACCAACGAAGUCAUCCUCAGCCACUUGAACACAUAUCUCAAUGACCGAGACUGGAUUCUCAAGUGCGCCUUUUUCGAAGCGGUGAUCGGAGUUGCUUCCUAUGUGGGGAGCACCAGUUUGGAGCUAUACAUUCUACCACUGAUGAUCCAGUCGAUGACGGAACCGGAGGAGUUUGUCGUUGAACGAGUCAUCCGCUCACUGGCAUCGAUGGCUGAUCUUGGGCUCUUUCAACGGUCAACAACAUGGGACUUGCUCUACAUUACGGCGCGGUUCUUGGUCCAUCCCAGCAUCUGGAUCAGAGAGGCCGCUGUCCAUCUCAUUGUCAGCUCGGCCAAGUUCCUCUCCAUCGCGGACAAGUACUCGAUCUUGGCACCACUGCUGCAACCCUUCAUGAAGGCGAACAUCAUGGAUUUUACCGAAGCAGACAUCCUCGACGUUCUCAAGCGACCUUUGGCACGGAAUGUGUACGAACUGGCCCUCGUUUGGGCCUCCAAGGUUGAAAAGGGCAUCUUUUGGAAGUCGACCAGCCGGGACGGAAUCUUCAAUCUUGGCGGUGCAGACAGCCACUUCUCCCUCCGUGGAGGCCAGAGAGGGUACGGAUUCACGCUGAGUGCACAUCCGAAGAAUGAAGAAGACGAGCAGUGGCUGUCUCGGCUCCGAAAUCUGGGGCUGGGCCCGGAGGAUGAAUACAAGCUGCUCGCUCUGCGAGAGUAUAUCUGGAGGGUCUCGUUGCGGCAGGUCAAUGAAAUGGAGGCUGGGGCCCUGUCGUCCCUGAACAACGUCAUCUCCUUGACGCAAUAUGGCGUCAGCCCGCAGACGGUGUUUUUCGACAAGAACCAGACGGCCAAGCAGCGUCGAGGCUCUCUGGGUGGCAUUUCCGAGGGCGGUAUUACUACAGCCGGGGAACAUCGACCACGCACGAUUGCCGACGCCCUGCUGGACGCAUCCACGACGAUUGAGAACGCGAACAACGCGAACAACGCGAACGCCACCAACCGUCGGAAACACGUACGAUCCCGCAGCCAGCUACAGAAGGAAAUGGGAAUCCGCCCGACCGCGCUCGACGCGAUCCGUACCGAGCUCUCCUCGUCCGUCUCUUCGCGUCGGGCGUCGUCGUCGCCGUCGUCGUCGUCGUCGCCCGCCGCUCCGGACUCUCGCCCACUGUCGCCAUACGGCUUGAACCAUGAGCGGCGGGGAUCCGGACUCCGCCACAGCCCCGGGCCGGACAGCUCGUCGACCACGACGGACGCGGAGAGUGUUGUUGCGAAGAACAUGGUGGCUGCGGGAAUGCAGAAGAAGGCCAGCGCCAUGACUCUGUUGAACCGCAAGGAUUCCUCCAAGGCGUUUGCCGAGACGAGCAUGAGCUCGGCCAAUGCGUUUGGCAAAGUAGACGUUCCCUCGCAGAGAGACAUGGCUCCUCCGUCGCCGGCACGGACAGAAAAGAGGACAACAACGGCGACGUCUGUGUCGGACCCCGGCAAACCACGAGGGUACCACGCCAGCCAUUCUUACGGGGGCAACGACCCUGUCAUCCUGCGGUUACUGGACUCUGUGUUUGCGGAGAACUUCCCGACGGACCUGUUAGAGCUGGGCCCGUUCGUCAAGGAGGUGGACACGCGCAAACCGAUGAAGCGAGCGAACGCGCCGGCGGGCGAUGUAGCGCGCAAGCCAUGGAAACCCGAGGGAAAUCUGGUGACGAUGUUUGGGGAGCACAGCGGGCCGAUCAACCGGGUGGUUGCGGCGCCGGACCACUCGUUCUUUGUGACGGGGUCGGACGACGGGACGGUCAAGGUGUGGGACACGACGCGGCUGGAGAAGAACCUGACGCCGCGAUCGCGGCAGACGCACCGACACGCGGCGGGGGCGAAGGUGAAGGCGUUGACGUUUGUGGAGAACACGUACACGUUUGUCAGCGGGGCGACGGACGGCAGCAUCCACGCGGUGAAGGUGGACUACCAGGCGACGCUGGACACGGUGCGGUACGGCAAGCUGCAGGUGGUGCGCGAGUACCAGCUGGGGCGGCUCGGUGCGGACGACGGGAGUGGUGUGGUCGAGUAUGCGAUCUGGAUGGAGCAUUUCCGCAGCGAGGCGCAAUCGACGCUGCUGAUCGCGACCAACAUGUGCCGGGUGGUGGCGCUGGACCUGAAGAGCAUGCGGGUGGUGUACACGCUGCAGAACCCCGUACACCACGGGACGCCGACGAGCUUCUGCUGCGACCGCAAGCACACCUGGCUGGUGCUGGGCACGACGCACGGCAUCCUCGACCUGUGGGAUCUACGGUUCGGCGUGCGGCUCAAGGCGUGGGGGCUGCCCGGGGCCGGGGCUAUUCAUCGCCUGCAGGUUCAUCCGACCAAGGGACGUGGGCGUUGGAUCUGUGUGGCGGGCAGUGGCCCGCACGGCAACGAGAUCCUCGUCUGGGAUAUUGAAAAGGUGCAGUGUCGGGAGGUGUAUCGUGCGGCCUCUCCGGGGGGGAAUCUUACUUCCACGACCAACACCAACGGAGCGAAUCAUCACGGUCAUACCAAUCCGGCGCUGGUUCAUGCCAACUGGAAAGUCUACCAGGCGUGGCAUGUGGAUGGCGACCGACCGGAAGGGAUGCUGAACCGAUUCGCUUCGGAGGCGGGAAUGACUACUCCUGCUACUACUGCUACUGCUGCUACUACUACUACUACUACUACUACUACUACUACUACUACUACUACUACUAGCAGCGCCGAUCGAGUGGGCAUCUGCGCGUUCGCCGUGGGUUUCGACACGACGGACGAGAGCCGAGACAGUCCAAAGAGCGGGUUUAUCGUGUCGGCGGGCAGCGACCGACGCAUCCGGUUCUGGGAUCUCGCACGACCGGAGCAAUCGACGGUGGUGAGCGGGCUGGACAGCAGCGAGCAUACCGGUGUUUCUACUGGUACUUCUACCGGUACUUCCACUGGUACUUCUACUCGCAACCCCCCCAUUAAUAAUACCGGUCUGGUUCGGUACGAGGUGAUCCAGCCGAUCCCACAGUUGGUGAUUACCAGCGAGCACCUGCCGGGAUCCACGACCAGCACGACCAGCAGCACCAGCAGCACCAGCAGCACCAGCAGCACCAGCAAGGGGCCUGGAGGGUCCAAGGGGGCGCGCGGGCGGCCGCCUCGCAGCACGGUGAUCAGCCUGCAGCAGCAGCAACUGCUCCGCAGCCACCUGGACUCGAUCCAGGACGUGGCGGUUCUGCGAUGGCCGUACGGGAUGACGGUCAGCGUGGACCGGGCGGGGAUGGUGUAUGUCUUUCAAUAGCCUUUUUUUAUUUCUACGGAGUAUGCCGUUGGUUCUAGAAUAAGUUCUAGGAUAUUAUCUCUGUACUACUCCGUCCGGCUGGUUGGGUAAGAGAUAUUACCACCUACUAUAGACAAGUGGAGAAAGAUGAAACACUGGAGCGCAGGAUCGUUCAGGGGUAAUAUCCUGAAUCUACUCUAGCUAUGUAGUAUUACUGCAAGCUCUAGUAUUACUGCAAGCUCUUGUAAUAGUUACUGCAAUAAUAAGUGGUAGUUGUAGUAAGGGUUGGAUGCAAGGUUGGUGAACCACGGUUGACUAUGGAGUUGGGAUUGAUCAAAGCUUUAUAUUAUAGAGUAUAUAGAGUACCUAGGUAUGUAGUUGUC